AUGGCCGACAGAUCGCCGUUGUCGCCUAUUCGCACCUACCACUGCCUAUGCACGACCCUCGUUCUCGCCACCGCGCAUGACCUGAAUUCCCUUCCUCGUCGCAAUGAGCCUGUUCAAGAUGGCGCUCUGAUCCUAGCUCCGCCUGUCGACAUUACUCGAGCGGAGAGCCUAGAGAUGCUAGAAUCCAAACCCGCGACUUCGGUGCUUCUCAAUGUGGCGCCAGAGCGAAGACCAGUCAUGAUCCGCAGAGAAGACGGAUUCGAGAAGAGAACCCUCUUGAGAUGCAUUCGGUGCAAGUUAGUAAUAGGAUACAAUCUCGAUGACAGUCAAUUUGAGAAACAAGAAGGGAAUCCAAGGCCAGCAUAUUUGCUGCCUGGUGGACUACUCGGUACCCAAGACAUGGUGGAAGGGAAACAAGCAGAGACUCCAUCUUGGGCGGAGCAGAAAUAA